CUUUACGUCAUAUUAGUUUUUUCAAAGCGCAGUUUAGUUUCAUUAACUUACGGAGUGCUCUUGACAAAAUUUUAAUAGAGGAAAAGGUAACAAAAUUUUUUUGGAAAGAGGUUUACUUAAAAGGACUAGUGAACGCCGGUUUCAAACACGCGGAGAGAGGAGGAGAGCACCUUGUAGAAAUGUUGGAGUUAUGGAUAGAACUAGAAUAAAUAAAGCAGCAUUGCUGAAAGGCGUUGACGAAAAGUUUGGUUCACCAUUACUGAACGAGAUUCUGGACUUGACUGACAUCAGGAUGGAUGAGAUUUACGGUGCACAGAGUGCAAAGAAAGCUUUGGAAGAAGCAGUUAUUUUUCCAGCUUUAAACCCGACUCUUUUUUCUGGCUUGCGGCAGCCUGCUAAGGGUAUUCUACUUUUUGGACCGCCUGGUAAUGGGAAGACCAUGUUGGCUCGAGCUGUUGCCACAGAAUGUGGUUCUUCUGUAUUUUUAAAUGUUUCGGCUGCUGUUUUAACUUCUAAGUGGGUAGGAGAUUCAGAAAAGUUAGUCCGCGCUUUGUUUCAAAUCGCUAGAAAUGGUCAGCCAUCAAUUAUUUUUAUAGAUGAAAUCGACUCGUUGUUGUGCGAAAGAAACGAAAAAGAAUCUGAGGUCUCACGAAGGGUAAAAACUGAAUUUUUGGUACAAAUGGAUGGUAUGUGUUCGUCACAAGCAGAUCGCGUUCUUGUUAUCGGUGCAACAAAUCAUCCACAUGAAUUAGAUACUGCUGUUUUAAGAAGGUUUCCAAAAAGAAUUCUUCUUGAUGUUCCUGACGAAAAUUCCCGUGCAGGUUUGAUCGAAUCUGUGCUGAGGAAGCAUAAAGUAGCUCAUCGGCUUUCGGAGCUGCAAAUACGAGAAAUUGCCAGAAGAACGAAGGGUUAUUCGAACUCCGACCUUGUAAAUCUUUGCAAAGAAGCAGCAAUGGGUCCCGUACGUGAUGUCAGUAGGAGUCAAUUAAAAACUGCUAGAGAGGACCAAAUCAGAGAAAUUAAUCAGAAAGACUUUUUUGAAGCUCUAAAUGUGAUCAAACCUUCAACAAACCCUCAGUUGAUGAAGAAGGUGCGCCAGUUUGCUGAAGAAGCAGGCCAAUGUUCGUGA